GUUAUGCCAGGCUGCCAGUGGCUGCCACUGCCACACUGCCACACCUGACUGCCCACUAACGGGCGCCUGACCCCACCCCUGCCUCUGCCGGCCGAGGGCUCGUCUGGAGCCCACAGAUUUGGUGUUGGACGAAAAGAAGAUCAAUUUUUGAAGCCAUCUACAACCAGUCUCCGAAUUAGUCCCGCCAAUUCGCCCUCGAACCUACCGCCAAAAUGUCCAACGUCUCUGCUGACCUGAUCUGGGAGGUUGUCCGCAACCAAAAUGCCUUCCUCGAGAAGCGCAACACCAACGGCGGCGUCCAGUUCUCGCGCGACCCCCUGAACCUUACCAACAAGCACUCGCGCAAGUACGCCGGCUUCGUCAACGACAAGGUACACACUGCACAGCCACUGCAAAUGGCAAAACCCUGCUUCUACAAUCGACCCUUGGAGCACUAGACUGACGAAAUGAUGUUGUUUCUUGGAAUACAGGCCAUUGGUAUUCAGGCUUCCUCGAACGAGAAGGGUGGUGUUGCCAUCACCAGCAAGAAGGUCGGUGCCGGUAACAAGCCCGCCAGCUCGCAAACCACCACCACCUUCCGUCCCCACAAGAACAACAGGAGCACCUACAAGGCCGUUGCCAACCAGGUUGCCAAGAACGGCUACCGUGCCGACCUGCGCCAGGCUGCCGUCGCCCGUACCAGUGCCAUCCUCAAGUCGCAAAGGCCCGUCAAGGCCGAGCCCGAGAAGAAGCUGCGCGGCAACGCCGCCAAGAAGGCUGAGGCUUAAAUGAGCUGAGGGUGUUAUGUUUGUCAUGAUGGAGGAAGUUUGAAAGGUCGAUAAUGACAUUUUCCUGCCGGCUUAGACUAGGUUUGAGGGUAUUUCUGGCGUCCAGCACAUCCAUUUGGAGUACUUUCAGGCAGACUGAAGCAUGUCUUUCAGUCGAUGGCAUAGGGAUAAUGGGAGUAAGGCAUUUAGGGCUCUCACAUUAGGUUUCCAGGUGCGGCAUUGCGCCUAGGUAAAACCCCAGGUCCCUCGGAUCAGGCGUUGGGGAGAAGAAAAUGAAACACCAUUUUGAUGAAGAUUGUCUUCCAAGCCCAAUUGCAUUCGAAUGGUUUGCCUCACAUAUUGUUGUCACGUUGCUCGGAGAUGAUGGCUAUUAGCCUCGGCUCCUUUGGCUCCAACUCGGCAAUACGCGGAGCGGUAUCGUUGACUACUGAACUGCCCCGGGUGCAGCCGAUAAUGCUUCGGAGCAUUGGCGAUUCUUGUGAUGAAAAACCGGAAACUCUUUGCUGCACAAUGACACAUGAAUUAAGGCAAUCCACACUUGCUGCAUCGUUGCAAAAUCCAGCUACCUAUGGUAAGGUAGAUAGGUUGUCUAGU